CGGGCGUCUAGCUGUAUAUCCCGCGCCGGAAGCAGAGAGGCACGUCAGUUUCCAGCCUCGCCAAGAAAACGCCUGUUAGUGGUCAGAGUGUGGGGGGGAAAGGGACCGAGGUUCCCCACUGCUGCUGUUGAACACGCGCGGCUGCUGGAGCACACUGAGCUGCGCCCGGCCAUGGACAAGGCUCCCCUCUCAGCCCCCUUGAAAGGCAGUCUCAUGGGCAGAAUGUGACUAGAGAAGAGCCAAUGCUGAGAGCUACCUCAUGUAGCUGCCCACUUCCGUCCUAUUUGCCCUAUGAUGAUGGAUGAGUGGAAACCCAACCCCCAAGGCAAGCCAUGGAAGAAACGUAGCUGGUACCUGACCUGGAAGUACAAGCUAACAAACCAGAGGGCACUAAGGAGGUUGUGUCAGAUGGGGGCUGUUCUUUUCUUGCUAGUGACUGUCAUCGUGAACAUAAAGCUGAUUUUGGACACUAGAAGAGCAGCCAGUGAAGAGGAGGAGUCUGCUCAGGAUUAUGAUGAAGGCUUGCAAAACCUGGAGGUCCCACGACGACCUGUCAAUAGCAAGAAAGUUCUGGAUAUUGAGGUGUACUCCAGCCGCUCCAAGGUGUAUGUGGCAGUGGAUGGGACAACGGUUUUGGAAGAUGAAGCCCGGGAGCAAGGCAGAGGUAUCCAUGUGAUCGUAUUAAAUCAGGCUACAGGUCAUGUGAUGGCAAAGCGGGUUUUUGACACCUACUCUCCACAUGAGGAUGAAGCUAUGGUUCUCUUCCUCAAUAUGGUGGCAAGAGGUCGCAUCCUGAUCUUCACUAUUAAGGAUGAGGGCUCCUUUCACCUUAAGGACACAGCAAAGAAUCUCCUGAAGAACUUAGGAAGCCAGGUUGCAGGUUCCCUCGGCUGGCGGGAUAUGUGGACAUUUGUGGGGAAGAAAGGAGGUGAGGUCUACGGUGAAAAACAUGCCAAGUCUCCAGUACUUUCCACAUGGGGGGAGCCGGUCUUGCUGAAAACUGAAGUCCAGCUGACCUCUGUGGAAGAUGCAGAAUGCCACUGGCCUGACACAGAGCUGAAUCGCCGGAGGAAACGUUUCUGUAGCAAGGUGGAAGGUUAUGGCAGUGUCUGCAGCUGUAAGGACCCCACGCCUAUAGAGUUCAAUCCUGACCCACUGAAAGACAACAAGGUUUUUGAUGUGCCUGUGGCUGUCAUUGCAGGGAACAGACCCAACUACCUGUACAGGAUGCUACGUUCUCUGCUGUCGGCACAAGGAGUUGACCCACAGAUGAUUACAGUCUAUAUCGAUGGAUAUUAUGAGGAGCCAAUGGAUGUGGUGGAAUUAUUUGGAUUAAAGGGAAUUCAGCAUACCCCCAUCAGCAUUAAAAAUGCCAGAGUCUCCCAGCACUACAAGGCCAGCUUGACUGCAACAUUCAACUUGCAUCCAGAUGCCAAAUUUGCUGUGGUGCUUGAAGAAGAUUUGGACAUCUCCAUUGACUUUUUCAGCUUCCUAAGCCAGUCUCUCUACUUGCUGGAGGAAGAUGACAGCUUGUACUGCAUUUCUGCCUGGAAUGACCAGGGCUAUGAACACACCGCUGAGGAUCCCUCACUCUUGUAUCGUGUGGAGACCAUGCCAGGCCUGGGCUGGGUGUUGAGGAAGACUCUCUACAAGGAUGAGUUGGAGCCCAAAUGGCCAACACCAGAAAAGCUCUGGGACUGGGAUAUGUGGAUGCGAAUGCCAGAGCAGCGGAAAGGGCGAGAAUGCCUCAUCCCUGAUGUAUCGCGCUCAUACCACUUUGGCAUUGUUGGCCUCAACAUGAAUGGCUACUUUCAUGAAGCCUACUUCAAAAAGCACAAGUUCAACACUGUCCCCAGUGUCCAACUUAAAAACGUGGAGAGCUUAAAGAAAGAUGCAUAUGAAACUGAAAUUCAUCACCUGCUCAGUGAGGCAGAAGUUCUCGAUCACCGCAAGAACCCCUGCGAGGAUUCCUUUGUGCCGGACACUGAAGGAAAGAUCUAUGUGAUGUACAUCAAAAUGGAGCAGGAAGCAGAUUUCACCACCUGGACUCAACUUGCCAAGUGCCUCCACAUAUGGGAUUUGGAUGUCCGUGGGAACCACAAGGGACUGUGGCGGCUCUUCCGGAAGAAGAACCAUUUCUUAGUAGUAGGAGUCCCUGCCUCACCAUACUCAUCCAAGAAACCUUCCUCAGUGACCCCGAUCUACAUGGAGCCUCAAGCCAAGGAUGAGGCAGCAGGAGCUGUAGUGGCAGGAGCAGAGCAAACGUGAAGCAGGACCUGAGAGUGGUGCCCGUAUCGCCUCUGCAAUCUGCUGGGAAGAAGGGAGCAGGCACUUGCAGCUCUGCAGGAUCUCGAUGAUGAUUUUUCUGAAGACUUGGGAGUCGCAACGAGACACAUGGGCUGCAGGACGUCCUCCUGUCCUGGAGCAGCUGCUGCCAAGCGUGGAUCCAGUUGCCCUGGGAAAACCGCCUAGUAUUUUUCUAAGCAGCUGCAACAAUGCGAUUGUCUCAUUUUUAACACUGAUGCUUUACUACCUGGCCAUCCUUCCCCCCCCCCUCAAAUUGGGAGUUGGACCAGAGGAGCUGUCUGACAGAGAUGGGUUCCCUUUUAGGAGCUCCUUCUGCACCGCUGCUUCAGGAUAUGAUUUUUAUUUAUUAACUGUGUAUUGGGCAACAUCCUUUUUUAAAAAAAAAGGCUGUUGUCCUGCUUGUGUUUCUGGAGUGUUCGAAGAUUGCUUAUGGGAAUCUAAUCCCCUGAAAGCACGUGGGGCGGGGGACCAUCCUUCAGAGAGGAGAACCAAGUUGCCUCUGGGCUGGCUAAUGGGCUACGGAGCAGACAGUUCACCUGCAUGUGGGGAAUGGUUUGGUGUCGGAGAUGGAGGCUGCCCGCAUCAUCGGAAUGGAGGACAUAAACCACAAUGAACGGCAUGUAUCAGUACUGUGGACGAUCAAUUCUGGAUGCUUGGGCACAGAAUUCCAUUUCUCCCCUUUGGGACUUUAGAGGGGACAGGGUCUGUUUCAAGGUUCUGGCCUCUAGCUACCAAAUUUAGGCAACUCUUCUUGACUCCAACUCUCACCAAGAGUUGGCUAGGAGCAGCAUGCAGAGGCUGAGAAUGUGGGGCUUGGGGCUGACAUUGCUAUGGUGUCACUGCAAGCACAUGUUGUACAAUCCCAAGAAAAAGAGCCAAGAGGCAGUGAAAGAGUAGGUGCAAAAAGUGCCUUGAGCGAGCAAGUGCUGGCCUAGAAGAUGUCUGCCAGCUCAUACAAGGUAGAGAAGGAAUCUAACCAAACCUUAAUUCUGCUUGUCCCUUCGGAACAAGCUUCCUAAUACGCUUGAAAAUAAACCAGGGACACAGUUGUCCCUCUGUUGGUCUACCGUGGAGAUGAGCUGUGGCAGUAGCAGGCCACCUUCUUAUGGGAUAUUGGUGGUACGUGCCUAUUGGGCAAGCUCCUUCUUGUGGAGCUAAUAGGAAUUGGGUCCCUUCCUAUUGAUUUUUAGCCAGUCUUGUGGUUUUUGAGGUACAGCUUGCUGAAGCAUGUUGCUUGAAGAGAAGAUUUGGGAGUUGCCUUGUUUGCCAUCAGGGAGGUGUUGAUGGCUCUUGGGGAAAGAGUUGUGCUUUCCCCCCUGGAUUCCAGAUUUCUCCAAUUAGAGGUGAUGGAAAAGGGCAGCAAUUCAGGGAUAAAGAGGUAGAGAUAGUUUCCUCUUCCACAUCCUGUGCCUUAUUUGGUGAGGAGAGACCUAAGAUCUAGAAUGUAACUUUCAGUAGAUCAAUUCAUUAAACAACAAAAGGGAAGGGAGCAUUGCCCAGUAAGGGACAGUCAGGUUCUAGUUUAGUACAAGACUGUCCUUCCUUUUGGUGGAGGGUGGGGCACUUCUCCUGUUUUCUCUUCCAUUCCUCCUUCUCUCCCUCCUCAACCAGUUUCCAAACUAACUGGAUACAUAAGAGAGUUGAUGCUAUUUGAGGAUGCCUGGGGUGACAAAUGGGAGAGGGACUAGAAAGUGGAGCUAAACGACACAGUAUUGCUGUAAUUAUAGCAAUGUUUGAGCCAACAGCUGUGGCUCCCUUGAAUAAGGUUCUGUCCUCACCCUCUCUGUUUCUGCAUUGGGGGUCCCACUUGAAUUGGGAUUGUCUUGUUUCGUAUCAGUUAGCUUGUCCUAUAUAUAUAUAUUCUUGCCCAUACCAGAGCCCUAAUGAUUCCUGUGGCCAAGAAGGAGACUACAGGGUAUUGUAGAUGGCUUGGCUAAAGUUAUUUAUUUAGUACAGAUCUGUAUAUAAGUUGUUUAUUUACAGAGGCAGCCCAGGACCUGAGUCUAUUCAAUCUAUUCUUUCUUCUGGUGGUGUUGAUACAAUAAAUGGGGUCGCAUGAGUGGAUUCUUUGCCUGUUGAGAUAAUGGGGCUUGCAUCCCUGCUACAGAUAUUGCCAGAUGCUACAUGGCCAAGUAAAACAGGCUGGUAAUUCAGGUGAAUGGAAACAGGAAUAUGAGUUUAUGGUGGCCUUGCCUGUUAGACUUGAAGCACUUCUAUUGAUCAAAGAGUUGUCCUUCAGCUGCAAGAUGAGUGUGGCCAGAUGAUGAGCAGAGCACACCUGGGUCUAAAGGGAGUGCUUGUGCUGCUUCUUCCCUGAGUGCUUAGUCAAUUAUUUGUCAACUGCAUCAUGUUUCAUUGGUAAACUUGGCUAUAUGUGCUACUCCCUAAGCCAUUUUCACCAAGAACAAUAGAGAUUAACUUUGAGCCACUUUAUACAUUCUGCAGAAGAAUUUGCAUUUGUCAAGUAAGCACUAAAAUUCAGAGAAGGUACGUAUUUCUGUAACCAGGAACUUGGGAAGAAUAACUCACCUGGACUCAAAUUUACACUCUUGUGAGUGAGUGUGCACCCUGUAAAGAUGCAUGGUGACCACUAAGAUUGUUUGUGUUUCUGCUGAUGCAUGAAAUGGCCCUAAUUGUGAAAAGAAUUUGCCGUUUUGUAGCAACAUGGUAUGGAACAUGCUUUUGCUUGUUCGAUUUUAAGUUGUUUGACUCUCUUAAGGAGUGGAUCCUUUUGCAGGGAGGAGGGAGCAACUGCUCACCUUCAGUCUGUGAAGCCAACCAUGGGAAAUCAUGCUCUGCAGAAACAGUUUCUGAUUUGGAAACGUGAACAGAUGUGGCUUUGAAGCCACCCAACUACUCGAGCCUUGUAGAGAGUUGGGCCUUCUGCACAUUGGCUUUUUCAGAGGUAGCGAAUUCGUGUUAACCACCCUGAGCAUGGUUUCACUUACAGAAGUGGAGUCCUUAUUGCAGAUCCAGCCCUGAGAUAUCAAAAUCCUUGAUAGAAGGGAGGGAUACCCUACUUCUGGGGAAGGACUUUGGAGCAAUGAAAAGAUGAGAUUGUCUCUUUGCCUGGGACUAAGGGGCCCUGGUCUCCUAAAAGUUUGAUAAGGAAGAGCACAGGCAUCUUCCAUACUCCCAUGUGUGCACUGGUUGGUGCUAGGUACUUGAUUGAUUGAUGGUGCUAGGUACUUGUUGCAGUAAGACAAUUCUUGUCUUUCCUGUGUGCAAAGUCAGGUCAUUUGAUGUAGUAGUUUUGCUCCAAGAGGAUGGUCAAAGACCAGAAAGGGCCCUGAAUGUAGAUAGUCUGAAUGUAACAAUGUUCUACUCUUGGUGUGCUGGCAGUGGUACCCAUUCUUCCGUGUCUGACCAAAUGCAACGCAUUUAUGGUGAUGACAACAAGGAUACCAUGGAAACAACAUCUUGUUUCAGAGGAUUUGUGUAUGCAAAUGGCUUAACUUUUUUGUGAGGACUUGAUUUGGUUGGAUUUUUGUGUGUUUGGUUUCUGGGAAGGAAGUGGCUUAUGGUAAGGAUGGUAUGGGGUGUGUCCUCUCCCAGUCAAGAAGAACAAUUCAAACUUGCAGAUAAGUCUAGAAAGCCUUAUAAGCUCUGAAAUUCCUGCCUGCCUUCCAUAUACUGAUAUGCCAAUGGGCAGAUAGAGCAGCUUUUCCAGAGAAUUAUUUGCUCUGAAAUCAGUUGCUGCAGCCAAGUUUCAGCAAGGCAAGGGCCAUUUGGGGGAGUAGGGGGUGGAAUUGCGGGAAAAUACAUUUUUUCACACACACACACACACACACACACACACACACACACACAUAGUUAUUAAUUCGGUUUUUCUUUUAGCUAGUUUUUGAGAACCCUUAAAUUAUUAUUUUUUAGCAAAAAUAGUUUUGUAUGCUUCCCUGUAAAAGAAAAACAAUUCUGGCUUGGAAGAGCUAACUCGGAAUAUUAUAACUUUUUAGGCACAGUUCAGCUACAUUUAAAUCAAUGAGAGUUUUGAUUUUAAUGGAAGGUAUAUUGUGUCCUGAAGCUACACUUCUGAAAUAGACAAAUGAGGGUUGUGCAUUUAACAGGGACUGAAUUCCAAUAAUACAGACAUACCUUUUUUAAAAAAUUCACUUGUCAGCUGCAGUCCUACUCAUGUUUAUUCUCAAAUAAGUCCCAUUGACUUCAGCAGGGACUUCCUUCUGAAUAAACAUACAUAAGAGCAAAUGUGAACACAACAAAAUGGCUGAUCUUCCAUUCAGCCUUAAAUUCCUGGCAAGGGGGUUGCCUCCGGCGCAUGCACACACACACAGAAUAAAAUCUCUACUUCCCUUGCCAAACUUCACAAAUUCUGCAAACUAAACAGAAUGAAUUCUAAAGAAAACCUUUGCUUCAGUUUUCAAUAGAAUUCAAUAAAACCGCUACUGUUUACACAACUGCAGAUCUUACAUGUGAUUUAAGAUCUUGAGCAGCAGGUGGAGGCCAUGGCGAGAGGUUCCUUUGCCCAGCUUUGGCUGGUCCACCAGUUGCAGCCCUAUCUCGACCGGCAGGCCCUGGCAACGGUAACUCAUGCUCUCGUCUGGAUUAGUGUAAUGUGCUCUACCUGGGAUUGCCUUUGAAGCUUCAGUUGGUCCAAAAUGCGGUGGACCGCCUGCUUAUGGGCACUAGGAGAUAUGAUAGUGUGACACCUCUAUUGUGGUUGCUGCAUUGGUUACCUAUUUGCUUCCGGGUCCUAUUUGCUGGUUCUCACCUUUAAAACCCUUCAGGGCUUAGCACCUGUUUACCUUCAGUAUCGCCUCUCUUGGCCAGUUCUGUCCCAUCAUGUGAGAUCUUCUCAUGUUGCCUUCUUUUGGUCCCUGGUCUCAGAGAGGUCCGUAGUACUAGGGCCCAUAGAAGGGCUUUCUCUGUUGCUGCCCCUUCACUUUGGAAUUCUCUUCCCCCAGAUUUGGUCUGCCACCUCCUUUUCAGCCUUUAAGAUCUUAUUGAAGAUAUUUCUUUUCUGCCAGGCGUUUACCCUUUAAAUCUCUCUCUCUCUCUCUCUCUCUCUCUCUCUCUCUCUCUCUCUCUCUCUCUCUCUCAAAAUCUUGGAUGCUGUUCUUGCUUUGUAUACCGCCCCGAGUCUGUGGAUUGGGUGGUAUAUUAAAAAAAAAACCAUAAAUAAAUAAGCAUAAUUCACAAUAUAAUAAAUAUUCAAGAUGAUAUUCAGAAUAAUCAAAAAGAAUAGUAUUUGAAAAUUGAAUAUUUUAAUACAUCAAUCACUCCUCCCUUUCUUACCUUGCUCCUCUGCAAUGCCAGGUUGGUCCAAAAUAAGCCUGAACUCAUCCAUGAUUUGAUUAUGGAUGAAGGGGCCGACCUGGUAUGUAUUACCGAGACUUGGUUGGGGGAGGCUAGUGGUCCAGUCUGAUCCCAACUUCCCCCUCCAGGAUAUUCUGUAGAGGAGCAGGUGAGAGGAGGUGGAGUGGCUGUGGCCUAUAAGGAUAACAUCUCCCUCACCAGGGUCCCUGUUAGGGUCUCAGACCAUACUGAAUGUGUGUACUUAAGUUUGGGGACCAGGGAUAGAUUGGGACUUCUGUUGGUGUACCGAUUGCCCCACUGCACAACGGAAUCCCUUACUGAGAUCACGGACUUGGUCGCGGAACUCGCAUUGGAGUCUCCCAGACUUUUGGUGCUGGGAGACUUCAGUGUGUGUUUUGGUACCAAUUUGUCCAGGGCAGCUCAGCAAUUCAUAGCAGCCAUGACAACUAUGGGCCUAUCCUAAGUGGUCUCUGGACUGAUGCAUAUUGCAGGUCACAUGCUUGAUUUGGUCUUCUACUCUGAUCAGGGUGGUGUUCCAUGGGUGGGGACUCCUAUGAUCUCCCCGUUGUCAUGGACGGACCACCAUCUGGUUAAAGUUGGACUUACAACCACUUCCCACCUCCGCAGGGGCGAGGGGCCUAUUAGAAUGGUCCGCCCGAAGAGGUUAUUGAAUCCAGUAAGAUUCCAAGAAGCCUUGGAGGGAUUCAGUGUUGGCUUUGCUGGUGAUCCUGUUGACGUCCUGGUUGAGAAUUGGAACAACUUGCUCACCAGGGCAGUAGACACAAUUGCUCCCAAGCAUCCCCUCUGACUCGCUUCAAAAUUGGCCCCUUGGUAUACGGAAGAUCUACGGCGCCUAAAGCGGCAAGGUAGGCGACUGGAGCACAAGUGGAGAAAGACUCAACUCGAAUCUGAUAGAUUACAACAUAGAGCACAUUUAAAGAUCUAUGCUCAGGCAAUACAUGCAGCAGAGAAGCAGUUCUUUUCUGCCCGUAUUGCCUCUGCGAGUUCACGUCCAGCGGAGUUGUUCAGGGUUGUGAGGGGACUAGUAUCUGCCCCCCACCCCCGAACCAGAAUUUGGAGUCAUCAGUUACCCGCUGUGAUGUGUUUAAAGAGUUUUUCACAGAUAAAAUCUCUCUGAUUCAGUCCAACCUAGAUGGAGACUCCACAAUUAAUUUGAUGUCUGAACUGGAGAUGUCCAACAACUCCUCUUAUGUGAUUCGACUGGAUCGGUUUCAGUUUGUGACUCUUGAGAGGAUGUGGACAAGCUGCUUGGAUUGGUGAGGCCUACCACUUGUCCUCUUGACCCUUGUCCAACAUGGCUUGUUCUAUCUAGCAGGGAGGCUCUUGAAGGAGGCCUGGUAGAAAUCAUAAAUGCGUCUCUGAGGGAGGGCGGGAUGUCUCCUUCUCUUAAGGAUGCAAUCAUUAGACCUCUUCUAAAGAAGCCAGCAUUAGAUCCCUCAGAUUUGAGCAAUUAUAGGCCUGUUUCCAACCUCCCAUAGUUGGGCAAGGUAAUUGAGAAAGUGGUAGCCUUUCAGCUCAAAGUGGUCUUGGAGAAAACUGAUUAUCUAGACCCAUUUCAAACUGGUUUUCGGGCGGGCUAUGGGAUGGAGACUGCCUGUGUCGUCCUGAUGGAUGAUCUCCAGUUGGGAAUUGACAGAGGAAAGUGUGACUCUGUUGGUCCUUUUGGAUCUCUCGGCGGCUUUCAAUACUAUCGACCAUAGUAUCCUUCAGGAACAUCUGAGAGUGUUGGGGGUGAGAGCACUGUUUUACAGUGGUUCCACUCCUACCUCUCAGACAGAUUCCAGAUGGUGUCGAUUGGAGACUGUUGCUCUUCGAGAUCUGAGCUUAACUAUGGUGUCCCCCAAGGCUCCAUACUUUCUCCAAUGCUUUUUUAACACCUACAUGAAACCGCUGGGAGAGAUUAUCAGGGGAUAUGGAGCUGGGUGUUAACAGUAUGCUGAUGACACCCAGAUCUACUUCUCCAUGUCAACUUCUUCAGGAGUUGGCAUAUCCUCCCUAAAUGCCUGCCUGGAAGCAGUAAUGGGCUGGAUGAGAGAGAAUAAACUGAAGCUGAAUCCAGAUAAGACGGAGGUACUUAUUGUGCGAAGUCAGAACUCCAGAGACUAUCUUGAUAUACUUGUUCAAGAUGGGGUCACACUUCCCCAAAAGGAACAGGUUCGCAGUCUGGGAGUACUUCUGCAUCCACACCUCUCCUUGGUUUCUCAGGUUGAGGAGGUGGCCAGGGGUGCUUUCUAUCAGCUUCAGCUGAUACGCCAGCUGCACCCGUUUCUCGAGAUCAAUGACCUCAAAACAGUGGUACAUUUGUUGUUAACCUCCAGACUUGACUUCUGUAAUGUGCUCUACAUGGGGCCUGCCUUUGUACAUAGUCCGAAAACUUCAGUUGGUUCAGAAUGCGGCAGCCAGAUUGGUCUCUGGGUCAUCCGUUGUAAUCCUUUGCUGAUGGAGCUUCACUGCCUGCCAAUUGGUUUCUGGGCAAAAUACAAAGUGCUAGUUAUAUAAAAUACAAAGCCCUAAACGGAUUAGGCCCUGGGUAUUUAAGAGAGCAUCUUCUUCACUGUGAGCCACACCGUCCACUGAGGUCAUCUGAGGACCGUCUCCAGUUACUGCCAACUCAUCUGGUGGCUACACAGAGACGGAUCUUCUCAGUUACAGCCCCGAGAUUGUGGAAUGCACUCCCUGUUGAAAUAUGAUCCUCCCCAUCUCUGGCAAUUUUUAAAAAAAUCUGAAAACCCAUCUUUUCACCCAAGCUUUCCCAGCUUUUAAAAAUUGUCUGUUAUUUUAUGGUUGAUUUUAAAUUGGUGAAUUGUUUUAACUUUUUAUAUAUAUUUUAAUUGUUUUAUGUUAACUGCCCAGAGACAAAAGUUUGGGCAGUAUAGAAGUUUGAUAGAUAGAUGAAUAAUAUUUCAGACAAAAUUUUCUGGCUGGCCACUACUGAAGGCAGAAUAUGAGACCAGAUCUCCAAUAAGGAUCAAUAAUUCUUAGCUUUUCUUAACACUCUGGAUUUGGUUUUUGUUUUGCCAGGGGAGGAGGAGUAACCUGUAAAUAACUUGUUUCCUGAAUAGCUGCUGAUUUCAGACUUUGCCUAACUCUGUGGGGGUGCAGGGCUAAAAGGAAAAUGCAGAUAAUUUAGGUGUUUAAAAAAAUAGGAUCAUAAAUUCCUCAAGAGUUCUAUCUUGAGGCAUCUAGCACUUUCCAGACCUACAGAUACCCAGAACAGUGUGGAAUCUUUGGAUAAUAUCCAUUUUGUUUGAAAUAUGCUUCUCCAUGUAACUCAAACUACUGGUGACAAUGCACAACUCCCGAAUGUAAAGCUGUCACACCCUAUGGUCUCUCAGUGGAUUGGUGUACGUAUGUAAGGCUCUCCAAUGCCAGGUGGUUCAAACUGUUGUAACCGUACUCUUAAAAGCUGCCAUGUGGAACAGACUUGUUUCUUGCUGUGUCUUUCUUUUCCACUUGGUAUCUUACUUUCUCUCCCUUCUCCACCUACCCCCCUCUGGAUUUCUUUUCCCCUUUCCUUUUCUGUAAUUCCCCUUUAACACAGAAUGAUGUCAUUUAAUGGGCUGGGUGUUCCUGGGUCUUUGGCAGGCCUCUUCUUGCAUGCAGCUGGGAAGGGAACUGGGGCUGCAUGCAGGAGGGGUGGCUGCUUCUUGGAAUCCAACUGUAAGUUUUUUGUUUUGUCCUUGGUUUGUUUUUCAAAAAUAAAGGUGGCAAAACUUGUUACA